AUGGUUGGCUACAAUCUCCUCAUCCUCGCUUCUCUAGCCGUGAAUUCGGCUGCUUCCAUCGUUCCCCGGAUGUCCCAUUGUCAAAAGGAUUGUGGGACCGCUGUCUUCGAAUCGACGGAUGUGAGUGAUACUGAUCGCCAAGUCGCGGCGGCGUCACGCGGACCUCGUCACACUCUAGCCCUCCUAUCUUAUAUCUGCCCAGCGAUCAUGUGAACCGUGGUCGCCCUCAUGCCAACCUGCUCAGUCUCACAUCCUUUAUUCCUUUCAACCAGUGUACUGGGUGGGACAAGAUCAGGUGCAUCUGCGAGGACACCGUGUUCACCGAUCGCUUGGUCGAGUGUCUAAAUGCAACGCCAGGUGAGCUCCCUGCUGCAACGAUGCCGAAAGCGGAGCUGACGGCCCAUGGUCUCCUCUUGCACAAUUGGUCCUCCUGUCAAUCGCGGUUACCUAGGAUGCGCGAAGGAAGUCCCCUCCAUCAAAAGACAACUCUGCAGCAAAUGUAUGAAAGCAAAGACCGAUGCCAACCAUCGGCCCUAUGGUAGGUCGAGAUUUGCCUUUACCCCUUCAAACUCCCCAUGUAUCCCUUUGCCGAGUCGUACUUGCCGCGCGAGCGCCUCGGCGUCCCGCUGUAGCAGGCCUGAGGGCGGUCCCACACUCAGGGGCUCGUGA